AUGAAAACAAAUCUAAUCUUUUCAAUUGCAAUUCUACUCUUGCUUGCAGUCCUCUCAGUUCAAGCAAGUGACAGCUAUCAAACCAAACCUCCAGUUGUUGACAAGUAUCACAAACCAAGAAUUUGUAAGAGAAAAUGUUUAAAGCACAAGUGGAUUAAGAAGUGUUUAAAACACAAACUCGUCGGUCAAAAGAAGGUCUGUGAUCAAUAUGCAAUUGUCGGUGCUGGAAAAUGUCUCAAACAUAAGAAAUAUUCCAAAUGUGACAAGUACAGUAAGGCAACAAAGAAGUGUGUCUUACAUGCAUACAAGACUGUUGGAUGUGCCAAGAAGAAGUAUUGGAAGGUUUGUGAUUCUUAUGGAACUAAGAAGAUUUGUAUCAAGAAGGGUUUCAAGAAAUUCUGUGCCAAGUACAAGAUUGUCAACAAGUGCGUCAAGAAGGGAUAUAAGAAGGUCUGUAAGAAAUUCAAGAAGGUUCCAAUCAAGAAGUGUGAAAAGAAGAAAGUCUGUGAUAAGUACACUGUUGAUUCCUAUAAUAAGAAGGUUGCCAAAUGUAGAUAUGUUAAAAAGUGCAAGAUUGUUUCAUGGGCAAAGAAAUGUGCCAAGUAUAAGAAGGUUAAAUAUUGUAAGGAGAGAAAAUCCAUUAAGAAAUGUUGUCUCAUUAAGAAGAAAUUCUUCUGUGCCAAACAUAAGACCAUCAAGUUCUGUAAGCACAAGAAGACUAUUUCCAAAUGUGUGAAAUAUAACAAGAAGAAGUAUUGUGCCAAGUCAAUUAUCAUUCCACCAAGAUGUAUCAAGAAGAAGUAUUAUAAGAAGUGUUUGAAACGUUCAAAGGGAAAGAAGAUUUGUAAGAAAUUCAAAUUAGUUGGUGGAAAGAAGAAGUGUUGCAAGUCAAUCAAGAAGAAGAUUUGUAUCAAGAGAAAGACAUGUAAAAAGUCAUCAAAGCCAAUCGUUAAACCAUCCUUGUAAAUUAAUGGCAUUUACUUACACACUCUCAGUAACACGUGAGAAAUAUUAAUAACAAAAUAAAUUAAACUAUUUC